CAGACUUAUUGAAUACCUUUUUUCUCUAUCUCCCUCAAAGUCUCAAUUCAUAUCUCACACACUUUCAUAUAUAUAUAUAUAUAUAUAUAUAUUCCGGCAAAAUCAUAGACAUAUGGAAAUCACCGGAAACAUAACGGAAAACGGAAAUCACGAUCAGCAUCAUCAUCAUCAUCAAUCGGCAUUGAUAUUUUUAGGCACCGGUUGUUCCAGCGCCGUUCCAAACGCAAUGUGCUUGAUCAAGCCCUCCGAUCCUCCUUGUAAAGUCUGCUUUCAGUCAUUAUCAAUUCCGCCUGAUCGGAACCCUAAUUAUCGGUGCAAUACAUCUCUUCUGAUUGAUUAUAGUCCAAGUGCGGGGGAGCACAAGUACAUACUAAUUGAUGUUGGAAAGACAUUUAGGGAGCAAGUACUCCGGUGGUUCACUUUCUAUAAGAUUCCUCAAGUUGAUUCUAUUGUUUUGACUCAUGAACAUGCGGAUGCCGUUCUCGGUCUUGAUGACAUCCGUGCAGUACAACCAUUUAGUCCAAUAAAUGAUAUUGAACCCACACCUAUUUUUCUUAAUCAGCAUGCUAUGGAGAGCUUAAAAGUGAAAUUCCCAUAUUUAGUUCAAAAGAAGCUCAAGGCGGGUCAGGAAGUUAGACGUGUUGCACAACUUGAUUGGAAAAUAAUCGAGAAUGAUUGCAAGAGUCCAUUCGUUGCAUCUGGACUAGAAUUUACACCCUUGCCAGUGAUGCAUGGAGAGGAUUAUAUUUGUUUAGGUUUCUCAUUUGGAAAAAAUACCAAAGUAGCUUAUAUAUCUGAUAUUUCACGCUUCAUUGAAGAAACAGAACUCUAUGUCUCAAAAGGAGGAGGUCAUCAACUGGAUCUUCUUAUAUUAGAUACACUUUAUAAGAAUAAUUCCCAUAAUACCCACUUCUGCCUUCCUCAGACACUUGAAGCCAUUAAACGAUUGCAACCAAAGAAAGCAUACUUAAUUGGAAUGACCCAUGAAUUUGAUCACCACAAAGAUAACGAGUUCCUACAGGAUUGGUCUAAAAGAGAAGGAAUUCCAGUUCAGCUUGCACAUGAUGGUUUGAGGAUACCUAUACAUUUAUAAAGGUUUUGCCCGGUUAUCAGUAUAAAUCGUCCAUGUGUUGUUUCUUCCCAAUACUAUACUAUACGACCGGCUGUUCCUGGUUUUCGAACACAAAAGAAAUAGGCUUUUAUAACACUAUUCAGUAGGCAUACAAAGAUGGUUGAAGCUCAGCAAUAUUGUACUCUAUACCACCUCAAGCUGUACAACUUGUAAACUGUUGGAUUUUCCCAAAGUUUUGGGAUUAUAUAUAUUCAAAGGUCUAAUUUAUAAAAA